UCAUACUCGAUACUUUAGCAAAUGACUUGAACAAAUUAACGCAAACUGAUUUUAGCUUUUUGUUGACUAAAACUAGCUUCCUAUAUUUACAAAAUGAGCUGCCCAGGUUUUGGAGAAGUAAACAUACCGUCGUCUCGAGCCUUUUGGGACGACUGCGAAGAGGAUGAAUUCGACAACGUUGAACCGGCAUCACAGUUGCACCUAAAUUUUAAUGAGGGCGAAUCAGAAGCUCCCAUUGCCAGUGAACUAUUCGUGUUGGUGGAAGGACCACAAAUAACAGAAUUUUGUAACGCUUCGUUGCUACAGGAUGCCAAAAACAUUUGCAGCAUACCGGCAAAAUCGUCGUCUUUGCAUUUGAAUGCAGCCAAAGCACACUUAUUGGCUACACUCGAAGAAGAUUUCAACAACAGUGGUGAAAUUACAGAGCUGCUUCUGCCUUAUGCUCAAUUGGCUAAGAAGGUGUUGACGAUCACAGUAAAACCAAAGAUGGAGUACAAAAGCGAAGAUAUCAACAGGUAUUGCAAUGAGGUCGCCAUUGUGCACAGCAUUGGUGGUCCAUCCGGCGAUAAGACCAUAAGUCAACUGGAGGCGCCCAAUUUUAUAUCCGGUGUAGCAGCUGGUGUUGCUAGCUGGCGCCAGCAGAUGCAGCUUCCGUUCAAUUCAUAUGUGGUGUACGUCGAUAAGCUACCUAUAGAUGGCGUUACUGCCGGACCAUUGAUCAAGCUAUUACAACAAUCCGGAGUCCAAUGCAGCGAUCGCUAUGUUCCCAAACCCAAACCCAGUUCUUAUUUAUAUUCUUAAUAUUGGGGGAGGCAUGAAUGUAUAUUUCUGAAUAAAUUGGUUGAGGUGUUGUAUAAAGAAAAAAUCAAAAAUCAAAUACAACGUGUACUUAUUUCAACACUUCAAAGAUGCUCAAGUUGAGCUCCUUGCUCCGCUGUUCCAUGUGCGCCUUGGCAAUAGCAAUGAACUGAGGCCGCGAUAGCAGGGAAUACGCUGGCACUAGUAGCGACGAGAUCAGCAUAUGCAGUUCUUUGUGACCACUGCUAAACAAAUCCAGGCCCAACUCUAGAGCAGUGCCAAAAUCACAUUCAUCCACCGCGAUAUUGGCGGCAUUUGCCACCGGCUGCAGCUUUUCUAGCACAGCUUGCUUGGCAUUGUCGCUGUCUACUCCGAGAUCCUUCCGCUCGAAGAGUGCCAGAAUUUUCUUGAGUUCCGCAUCGCUGACAGGCAACGGACGAUAUCCUUGCUGUGACUUGCGUUCGUAGGGCACAACAAUGCCAGCUCGAUGAAAGGAUUUGGCCAUGACACGUUUAUUACGCUCUUUGGUCAACGUAUCCAGAUCGGGCAAUGGAUUAUCACUAAGAUGCUGCUUCACGGCUUUCUUGGUGGCCGCAACUUGAGCGGUGUUGAAAGGCGUGCCCACGAAGUCAUGUUCCAAGUAGUACAGGAAGGCAUCGAAGAUGUUGCCAGCAAUAAAUUGAAAUUCACAGUUUUGUGUGGAAUCAUUACGCGCUAGGAGUAGACGAUCUUUAUCCUGGGGCACAUCACGCCAGUAGCCAUAAUGGAUGCCCGUAU